CAUCAUCACCACUAACAUCACCACUAACAUCACCACUAACAUCACCACUAACACCACCAUCAUCACCACUAAUACCAUCACCACUAACACCAUCAUCACCAUCACCACGAACAUCACCACCACCGAAAAUAUCUACAUAAUCGCGAACAUCACAAUCUCUCAUCAUCGUGAUCAUCACCACCAUCACCCGAACAUUACCAUCAACAUCACCGCAAACAUCACUACGACCAUUCACCUAACAUCACAAUUACUACCGCGACUCACGACGAUGCUGUCACUUAUCUCAUAAAAAUCGCUAGGGCGAUGAAAAUAAACUUACAAUCAUCACCAUGACUAUCACCAAAACCAUUACCACCACCACCGCCAGCAGCACCCAUCACCGCUGGUAACCAGCACUGUUAAACACCACUACCAACACCACGACAGUCAUGGUCACCGCUGCUAGCGGCAUCAUCAUUGUCGUCAGCGACAGCGUGCAUCACUGGUGAGAUCUCUGAUGUCGAGGGAUAAACAAUGACCUCGUUGGAGGCCGUUUCAGCGCCUCUCCGCCUCGAGAUGAGCUGGAGACGGACGGGACCGUGACUGGGGCUCGACGGUGAUGAUGACGACGACGAAGAAGAAGGGGGUCAAAGUUGCCGCUGCCACCUCGAUGCCGGGCCCCGCGCAGCCCUGCGCCCGUGCCCGGGUGUCGAACCUCGCGAAUCCGCGCUCGGCGGCCGCCGCGGACUCCUGCAGUGCCGCCCAUCCGCCUCCUCCUCUCCCGGGCGCCAGGGGCGGCAGGGCCAUACCGGCCUCGCAGCCCCAACAGAGGGGCCCCCCUCCAUCCCUCGCGGGCCACGUGGCGCCGCCUUCGUGGCGACCUCUCAAGGCCCCUGGCACGGGAAUACCUCACCUGGUGAGGGCCCCCGCGCCGGGUGGGGGGGCGAGGGGGGGCGCGGUCGGGGCCCCCCUGACCAAGGGGAUGAAGGCGUCCCGCUCGGCUCAGGCCAUCGGCAGUCUCCUCCUGAUGCACGCGUCCGUGCUGCCCAAGGCACGGAGCAAGAGCGAGGAGAACUUGCUGACAACAGCAGUCGCUCUUGCUGCUGAUGGUGCUGCUGCUGCUGCUGGUGGUGCUGAUGGUGCUGCUGCUGCUGCUGGUGGUGGUGGCGGUGGUGCCGAGGUGAUCUCUGGGCCCGAGAGAGACAAUCACCGAGAGGUCGAGGACGCCAGAGCCAAGGCAGCCGUUGCUCCGAGCCCGGUGUCCAAGCGCAGCGGGACUCUCAACUCCAAGGAGUCGCUGUCGCCACCGCCGCCCCGGCCGGGCCGGUCCAAGGUCGACCGCCUGCGCCUGGGAAUCCUCAAGCGCCCGCCCCAGGGCGGCGGCGGCGGCGGCGGAGGAAUCGCGGAGGGGAAGCACACUCGCGCGCGCUUUAACCGCCCGGCCGCGGGAACCGCCGCGGCGGCGGUUGCGAGGGGCGGCACCGGCACCGGCACCGGCACCGGCACCGGCACCGGCACCGGUAGCAGCGGCGGCAGCGGCGGCUUCCUGCGCGAGAACCGCUUGAGCAAGUCGCGCUCGGAGAGCCAGAUCGCCGAGUGGGCGGCGCUGGAGGACAAGGUGAAGGAGCUGCUCGAGGUGUCCAACGCCAAGGACGACGAGAUCGAGAACUUGCGCUCGGCGCUCGAGGACGCGCGCGCCAAGCAGUUCCCCGUGGCCUUCGGGGGGAAGAUCGGGCGCGCCGGCAGCCGGAACGAGCCGGAGUCGUUGGCGGUCCGAAUGGACGAAGAGGAGGAGGUAGAGGACGAGGAGGAGGAGGACGAGGAGGACGGCGAGAGGAGGAAUGGGGGGCGGCGGAGGAGGAGGACGCGGGGCAGCGACGGCUCGUGGAGUCGCGACGACGACGACGAGAGGGUGGAGGCGCUGGAGGCCGCGUUCGCGGAGAAGGCGCGGGACAAGGAGGAGGCCUGCGCCCGGCUCGCCGAGCAGAAGCGGCAGCUGCAGCUGGAGCUGCAGCGCGUCGACGCGGAGAACCGGACGCUGCGGCUCCGCCUGCGGGAGACGGAGCCGGGCAGCGUGGCGCCGCACAGCACCGACAGCAGCUCCAUGGAGAGCCUGCGCAGCGUGAGCAUGGGCGACGUGAGGCCGUGCCGCAAGGCGCCCUCGACCGCCGCCCCCGACCCGGCGGUCUCGGACGGCGCGCUCUGGAGCGCCGUCGGGAGGUCCAUCGGCACGGCCGAGAGAGGGGGCGCGCCCGACGGCGCCGCCGCGGCCGGCCUGGCGGCCCGGGCGGAGCGCGAGGAGGAGCUCCGGCAGCUGAGCCAGGAGAAGGAGCGCCUGUGCGCGGAGCGUGCGGCGCUGGUGAGCGCGCUGUGCCAGCAGGGAGACCGCGUGGCGCGCCUGGCGCGGGAGAACGCCCGCCUGCGCCGCCUGCUGGACCGGGCCGGCGCCGCCGGCGGGCCCUGGCCGGGAGAGCACGGGGGGGGGGACGACGAGGAGGAGGUCGACGGGGAGGAGGAGGGGCGGUCGGACGAGAGCUGGGGGUUCCCGGGGUCCCCCCACCCCGCCGAGAGCCUCGACUCCGUCGACGCGAGGAGCGGCGCCAGUGACGUCGCGCCCAGGGGAGGAGGGGGAGGAGCGGCGGCGCCGUGGGCCGCCGACUCGGCCCGGGAGCGCCCCGGGGGACGACGUCGCGCCGGCCCCGGGGACGAUGCGGCCUCGCGGGGGGCGCGCGCGGACGGCGGCAGCGGCGCGCUGCUGUGCCAGUCGCCCGGCUCGGGAAUGCUGGCAGGCGUGGAGCUGGAGCAGCUGCUGGAGAUCCAGACGCAGCUGAGCGAGUCGCUGCUGGCGGCGGAGCAGGAGUGCCGGGAGGCCCGCGCCACGGUGGCCGCGCUCACCCGGCGCGAGUGCUCCGACCUCGCCGCCGCCGCCGCCCGGGAAAGCCGGACGCCGGGAGAAGGUCGCGGGGCGGGACGGGAGAGCCGGCUGCCCACGCCGGCGCCGAGGCAGCUGCUGAAAGGCGGCUGGCCGGGCCGGGAGAGGAGCGCCACCCCGGACGGGGCGCCGGCGCUCCGCAGCACCCACACGCAGACGGAGGUGGCGCGGGAGCCGAGAGCGGUGCCGAGUGGCGCUAACGAUGACGACGAGGAGGACGGCGACGUGAAGAGAGGUCGCGCUGAGGUCAGCCGCCUGCAGGAGGCGAUGGCGCAGCUCCAAGCGCAACAGGUGAUGCAGCAGCGGGAGAUGGAGCAGAGGGUGGAGGAGCUGAGCGACGCGCUGCAGGAACGCCGGAGCGAGGCCGCGCGGCUGCAGGAGGAGCUGCACCGGAAGAUUGAGAAGUUGGGACGGGAGAAGGAGGAGGUGCAGAAGGAGCUGGGCUCGUCGAGGUCGCAGCUGCAGGCCGAGUCUCAGCAGCGUGAGCAGGAGCUGAGGCAGGAGGUGGAGAGUUUGGGACGGGAGAACGAGGAACUGCAGAUGGAGCUGGGAGCGGCGAGGUCGCAGCUCCAGCAUCGCGAGGAGCAACUGAGCCGGGAGAUUGAAAUGCUGAGACUGGAGAAGGAGGAGCAGGAGAAAAUGUUGAGCUCAGCAAAGUCACAGCUUGAGGGCACGGCUCAACUUCGUGAGGAGGAGCUGACGCGGGAGAUGGAGAAACUGAGGUCAGAGAAGGAAGAGCUGGAGAAAAAGUUGACCUUGUCGAGGUCACAGCUGCAGGCGAAGUCUCAACAACGCGAGCAGCAGCUGAGACUGGAGGUGGAGAGGUUGGGACGGGAGAAGGAGGAGGUGCAGAAGGAGCUCGAAGCGGCGAGGUCGCAGCUCCAGGUCAGGGUUCGGCACCUUGAGGAGGAGCUGAGACAGGAGGUGGGGAGGUUGGGACGGGAGAAGGAGGAGCUGGAGAAGCAGCUGGGCUCGUCGAGGUCACAGCUGCAGGCCGAGGCUCAGCAGCGUGAGCAGCAGCUGAGGCAGGAGAUUGAGAAGUUGGGACGGGAGAGGGAGGAGCUGCAGGGAGAGCUGGAAGCGGCGAGGUCGCAGCUCCGCAGUGAGGCCGCGCGCCAUGAGAGCCAACUCGGCCUCGCGGUGGACAAAUUGAGGAGCGAGAAGGAGGGCGUGGAGAGGGAGCUCGCCUCGAGCCGCUCGCAGCUCCACGGCCAGGCUCAGCUGCGUGAGGCCGAGCUGGCCCGAGAGGCGGGGGCCCUGCGCGAGGAGAAGGAGGCCCUGCGGGCCGAGCUGAGCGGCGCCCGCGCGCGACUCGCCGAGGAGACCGCGAAUCACGCGGCCGAGCUGGCCCGAGUCGGCGCCGAGCUCCGGCAGGGGCGAGUGGAUCUGGAGCAGGGGCUCCGGGCAGCCGCCGAAGCCCGGGCCCGCCAGACCGAGCUGAGCCGGGCCGUCGAGAGCCUGCGGCGAGACAAGGAGGGCCUGGAGAAGGAGCUGAGCGCCGCCGGGACACGUCUGCAGGGCGAGGCGAAGCGACGCGAACAGGAGCUGAGCCGGGCGGCCGAGGCCCUGCGGCUCGACAAAGCCGCGCUGGAGGAGCGCGUGGCCGCGCUGCAGCAGCAGAGGCUCCAGCGCGAUGAGGCGGCCGCCCGGACCGUCGAGGAGCUACGGCGGGAGAGCGACGGCCUGCGCGGGGAGCUGAGCGCCGCCGUGGCGCGCGGCCCGCCCCGCGAAGAGGAGCGUGGCCUCGGGCAGGAGAGGGACAAGCUGCGGGGAGAGCUGAGCACCCUGCGCGGGGAAAAGGCCGACCUGGAAGCGGAGCUGGCCCGCCUGCGGGAGGGCCUUGACGAGCUGGAGGACGAGGUGGAGCAGCACCGCGCGCUCAGACGCCACGGGGAUCACCGCCUCACCGAGAUGCAGGGUGCGACGCAGAAGCUGGAGGACGAGAAGCUGAGUCUGGAGAAGCAGCUGAAGGUGCUGGAGAAGAAGAUGAAGGACGACGCGGAGGAGUGGCGGCAGUUCCAGGCCGAUCUGCAGGUCGCGGUGGUGAUCGCCAACGACAUCAAGGAGGAGGCGGAGGAGGAGGUGGCGUCACUUAGACGCCGCCUACAGGAGGCGACCUCCGCCAGCCCUCUGCACGACGGAGCCAGGCCGGAGGAGAUGACGAGCGACGGGCACAACGGGACCGUCGGCGAUGGUGCCACAGCCCCGGUGCCGGCACCGGCGACGCGGACACGGCCGAAUCCCGCCACCACCAAUCCUAAACCGGCGUCGAAGCCACGGGGGCCCCCAGGAAACCGCGAUGAGGUUGACGGAGCGGCUAAAGGUGGGAGCCCCUCCCCAGCCCUGCCCGGCGCCGUCAAGACCCCCUCAGCCGCCACCCUCGCCCCGACACAGCAGCGUCCCUCCCACAACGGCUCCUCCUGGUCUGCGCUGCCUCUCGAGGAGAGAAAACCGAGCGCUUCCGACCGCGCGGCCCAGGGCGGGGAGCGGAGUGACGGCUCCCCCCUCUCCCCCGGCGUCUCCCCCCCCGCGUCGCAGUGCGGCUCCCCGACGAGCUCCACGCCGUACGGCACCCCCAGGGAUGAGCACGGCGACCCGCUGGCCGAGCUGGCGCGACUCUACGGGGGCUCCAAGCGGAACGCUCUGCUCAAGUGGUGCCAGAAGAGGACCCAGAACUACUCCAACGUAGACAUCACGAAUUUCAGCAGCAGCUGGGCGGACGGGCUGGCGCUGUGUGCUCUCGUGCACUCCUUCCUGCCGGCGCACAUCCCCUACGCGGAGCUGAGCAGCGCCAGCAAGAAGCGGAACUUCACGCUGGCAUUCGAGGCAGCCGAGAGCCUUGGCGUCCUGACGACCCUGGACGCUAAUGAUCUGGUGCACUCGGACCGGCCCGACUGGCAGAGCAUCAUGGGAUACGUGACGUCCAUCUACAAGAACUUUGAGACGUGAGGCAGCGCCGACCCCGUGGCCCGGAGCCGACCUGGACUCCUCACUCGGAUGACCAAACCUAACCUCACUUUGGUGACCUGUUUUAUCCAGGUCUCGUAAAAUGUUGACGAACUGCAUGCUUUGUCACCUUGGUGACCACCCCCACCUCAGCUCCGGUGGCCACCUUCACCUCUGCUCACUUCCUCACUCGGGUCACCUCACCGAGGUGACCCCGGGUAGCCGCGCUUGCGGGCGGCUGGCUUUGGGAGGGGGGUACCGGCGAGUUGUGGACGCCGUGGGUCUCCCACUAGCACCCCCUCCGCCGACUCAUCCCCUUCUCUGGGAACCCUGACUAUCCCUUGGCGUCCCCAACCUGGCGGAGGUCAAGAGGUCGCGUGGCAAGGGCUGGCACGGCGAGUCUCCGUACGAGAGGCUCAAUCUGCCGGUGACCCCCCUCCCCCUGCCCCCCCCUCCACCACGAUUGAGAGACGGGGUCGUUCGGGGUCGGCGCAGGUGUGACACAGCACACCUGGUGGGGGGCGGGUAGUGGGGGUGGUGGGGGUGCUGCUGCUGCUACAUUGGGACGGGAGCGGAGGCUGUGGCUACACACGGCUCGAGUUGGGGUGGAGGUGCGUUAUUGGCCACGUGUGCAAUGCGGGACGGAGCGUCGUGGACCCCCCCUGGGGUGUUCGAACCGAUGGGAUUUACAGCCUCCCUCGCGCGCUCCACUCCACAGCGGAGAGACAGCAAACGAUAAAUACCGAACAGAUUAUGUAAAGUUUACUAAAUAUAUAUAUACAUGGGUGUGUGUGUGUGGGAGAGAGGGGGGGAGCGGGGAAUGGUGGCGCCGCGAUUACCGCACUGCGCCACGAAGCGCGGUGACCCCAGUUAAAAUCCUGACCCUGGCUCACGUAAGUGGUGGGUGAUAUCUAAAGCAGUUCUGGGCCAUCGCUAGGUCGACUCAGCCUUAAAUGUGUGUCUUGUGUGGUGUGUAAAUAUCAGCACUGGGGAGACAAAGGCGGGCGGGCGUGGUGCUGGUCGCACACCGUCUCCUCCUGUGCCACUCCAGCCUCAAUAGGAGCUCGCAAACAGCACUUUCCCCAACAGUCUGAACGGCUGCACGGCCGAUCUUAGAGAGAGAGAGAGAGGACGCUUAUACAUAUGGGCAGGGGGCGAUGUGGUGAUGAGAUGGAAGUCGGACACGGCCAAACAACACUUCCCAGCUCUUCUCUAGUAGCUACACACGGAUACACACAGCCACACGCGGAUAGACACGGCUACACACAGCUACACACGGAUACACACGGACACACACGGAUACACACAACUACACACGGCUAAACACGGACACACACGGAUACACA